AUCCCCCCACAAAAGACUCACAGACGCCAUUUUUUCAUCAUCUUCCCCCCACCACCUGUCUUCUCUCCUCGUCAUCCAUUGGCACAUAAUCCAUCUGCCCAAACCAAAUCUCAUCUCUCUUUCUCCUUUCCCCUCUUUCUGUGCGUCCAUCCAUCUGUCUCUCUUUCUCUCUCUCUGUGUUAUGAUUGUUGUUACAUAGAAACUGUGGGAGAGGAAGGGAGACAAAUCGGGUUCAUCAUGGCUGCCGCAGCAUCUUCGUCCUUCCUCAAAAUUGGCUCUACCAUCUCCUCCCACCUUUCACAAUCCCCUCAAAUCAAGCCAUUCUCUCUGUCUCUCUCCCCGCCUCCCGCCCUACUCUUCCUAAAUCGUCGUCCUGCUACGGCGCUGAAGCAAAGCGGACAUGGCAGGCGGCGGCGGGCGGCCACCGUCACCAACAGCGUCGCGCAGGAGCGGCCGGCGGUGGACAUGGACGAACGGGUACAGAAGGUGCACAGCAUCGUGGAGUUUGAUGAGGCGCUGAAGCAGGCGAAAAGCCGGCUGGUGGUGGUGGAAUACGCGGCCAGCAACAGCGACCAGAGCAAGCGCAUUUACCCUUUCAUGGUGGGGCUCAGCAAGGCCUGUUCCGACGUCAACUUCCUCUUGGUGAUGGGCGACGAGUCGGAGGAGCUCAAGGCCCUCUGCGCCAGGGAGAAGGUGGAUCGCGUCCCCCACUUCACCUUCUACAAGAACAUGGAGAAGAUCCACGAGGAGGAUGCCAUAGGCCCUGAUGAGCUCGUCGGCGACGUCCUCUACUACGGCGACAACGAUGCCCCCAUCCACCAGCUGCACUCCCGGGAGGACGUCGAGAGCCUCAUCCGGCAGCACAAGGCCGACGGCAAGCUCAUCGUCCUGGACGUCGGGCUCAAGCACUGCGGCCCUUGCGUCAAGGUCUACCCCACCGUCGUCAAGCUCUCCAAGCAGAUGGACAACGUCGUCUUCGCUAGGAUGAACGGCGACGAGAACGAGAGCUGCAUGCAGUUCCUCAAGGAGAUGGAGGUCAUCCAGGUGCCUACCUUCGUGUUCGUCAGAGACGGCGUGCUUCUUGGUAGGUACGUCGGCUCAGGGAAAGGCGAGCUCAUUGGGGAGAUUCUUAGAUACCAGGGUGUUAGAGUUACUUAAAAAACUACAAGUUUAAGAGGAGGAGAUACUAUUCGAUCUUAUAUCGAUCAGUUAGCAAGCCGACCGAAUGUUUUAAUUUUCUGCAAAUUCGAUCUGAGAUUGUGUGUCUAUCUGAAAUGGUAGUGGGUAUUGAUCCCAAGUACUAAUGAAAGAUACAGGGGAUGUGCUGUUUUAACACUCAUUGCAGAGGUCCUUUUGCUUGUCCCUGUGGCAUUUACUAUUGUAAGUUUAAUUUAUAAUUAAGUGAAUAAUGCAAGGUUUGGCUUCU